UAAAAGUAAAUUUAGGCGUUAUUAACGUAGUAUGGCUACUCACAUAGAUCCUAGCUCAGUCGGAUACAAUAUUGCGCGAGAUCCAAAUUUGGUGAAGAAUCGCAUUUUCAUUGGAAAUCUGCCUAUUUGCACGAGAGAAGAGUUGGAGAGCAUCUGCCAUCCGUAUGGAAAGGUUUUGGGAUCUUUGGUGCAAAAGAAUUUUGGUUUUGUGCAGUUCGAAAGCGAAGAAAUUGCCAACAAAUGUGCCUCUGCAUUGAAUAAAUCCAUAUUCAAGUCAAAGGCACUAACCGUGCGAAAUGCGAGCAUCAAACCAAAGCCAGUCAAUCCAAAUGCCAAGAAAAUCAAUGCAAUAACACAAAAUCCAGGCGGUGUUCCAAUGACCGUUCAGGGCGGGAUUAUUAUGCCCGUCGCUGCUGCUGCUACCGCUGCGCCCAUCAACGAUUGUGAAAUAAUUGUGGUGAAUCGUGAGAAUACGAAAUACGCAGAAUACGUUGAGGAUCAGUUGAGGAAGAUUGGCAUGCGGGUAGAUGUUCUAUUUCCCAAUGAAGAUGUUAUGCUAAACCAAGUACUAAGUAAUAUAUCAGCACGCGGUUGUCUCUACGCUAUUCUGGUGACCCCGCAGCACGAAGCUCUGAAUAGCAUUACAGUCAACAUAUUAUAUGGAAUACCAGCAGAGCAUCGCAAUAUGCCAUUAGACGAUGCCAUCGCACUCGUGACCACAGACUUUAGAUCGAAGAAACAACGUGAAGCGCUCAGCACUUCCCAAAUGAACCAUAACAGACAUCCAGAUACAAUGCAGCAUUUGAUCGAAAUGCUUGCGAACAACCGACAGUUGACAGGUUUGCAGUAUGAAUGUGUAAUCAAGUAUUUAGAGAAACAGCGAGAGGAACAGUUGAAGCUUGAGUUGGGUGAAGCAAAUGCUUUGGCUAAGCUUCAGGAGCCCGAUCCAGAAAUCGAGCUGCAAAAGCGGAUUCUCAAUGUUAUGAAUAAGCCCUCUGUAACAGAAAUCAACUACGAGUUCAUGUAUCCCACAUUUGAAAUGGCAAAGGCAGAUAACCGUCUCAUGGAACUCCUAAAAGAUCGAAGGGUUAUAUCGGCGUUGAAAACUCUUUACAACUCAGAUCUGAAGGAGACAAUCUCUCAAUACUUAUAGAGAGUAACACUUUAUUAACUAUAAUCAGCGAAUAGGAUUAACAUAUUAAACUAAGGCCAAGACCGCUUGGCCUCAUGUCCCUCAUA